UGAAGAACGCACCUGUCAGUGUUGAGCUUCUGCUGAUGUUUCUAAUGAAAGUGAUUUAACAAGAGUGGAGAUAAAUCCGAACGUGUGCGUUUUGCAGUAAAAUGGAGACAGAGACAUCUAAAUAAAUGUUCUUCUUACACCAGGUUCACAGUGUGUGGAGGAGAAGUAGCUUGAAAACCGAGAAGCUAACGUGGUGUGUGUGUUCGAUUCGCUGUCUCACAUCUCUAUUACGAGCAGAACAACGAAGAGGAGCCGCUGACAAACAGCAGAUAACUAAAAAGGGCAAAAAAGAACGUCCUUCAUGUCAGCCGGUUCUGGAUCUCUUUGACCAGCAGUACAGUCGGGAGCUUGGGGACUUGUGGGCGUCUGCAAGGUCAGUGCUACUGGACCCUCGAUCCUGGCAAUAUGGGGUCAUGCUGAACCGCUUUACAGCUGUGACAGACAUCACACAGAAUCUCCAGUCGCAGGGUUUCUCCAGGUUCCUGCCACAGACUGACGUCUCCUCGCUGAACCAGACAGGAAAAGACUCUCUGUUGUCACCUCACUGCUUCUCUGAGCUCCCUCCUGAUGACUCCAGUCCUCAACGUGCCAGUGCCUCUUCCGCACUCGGUCGGGACCUUCAACCCGAUCCGUCUCUCACUUUGCCCCGUCCUUCUCUCCAGUGUUACAUCCACCCCAACCCACUCAGGUUCCCCUCUCAGGCUCACCGGCCUGGCCAGCUGAAGCAGUACUACCUCCUGAACGCUGCCUCCCUGCUUCCUGUGCUGGCUUUACAAGUCAGAGAUGGAGAAAAGGUUUUGGAUCUUUGCUCCGCCCCGGGGGGGAAAGCCUUAGCAGUAAUGCAGUGUGCCACCCCAGAACUUCUCUGCUGUAAUGAACCAGACCCUCAUAGACGGGACUGGCUUACCAAAACCCUGGAGUCGUAUGUGCCUCACUCACUUCACAGCAAGGUGAUGGUGUCUGCACAGGAUGGACAACGCUUUCAGAGUGAAGAUGUGACGUACGACAAGGUUAUAGUCGACGCUCCGUGUUCCAAUGACCGGAGCUGGCUGUAUUCUGGCAGCGCCCAGCAGGGGGUGCAGAGACUCAAGGAAAGAGCCAGACUGCCUGCGCUCCAGGCUCAGCUGCUGAGGUCUGCACUGUCAGUGGUGCGUCCAGGGGGCCUUGUGGUCUAUUCAACCUGCACACUGUCCAGCUCUGAGAACUACGCUGUGGUAGAGACGGUGCUGAAGGACUUUCCUGACGCGGAACCUGAAGACCUGUGGGAGGAGAUAGCCAUUCCUCUAUCAGAGCACUUUGUGUUUAGACCCUCACACCCUGGUUAUGGACAGACCUCUCACCAGCCCUCGCUGCUGCCACAGAAUAGUGAUGUGUCUCCUUAUUCCAAUAGACUCGGCAUCUUAGUGGUUCCUCAGACUGGCAGGACCUGGGGACCCAUGUUUUUGUCUCGGAUUAGAAGAAGGAUGUAGCGGCUGACUGUCCCGUGAAGAUGUUUAGAAACAAAUGGCUAAGCAUACACAUUAUCUUUGUGCAGCUUUUGAGAUGCAAAGUACAUCGCAGAAACUGUCAAUUUGUGAAACUAUUAGAGAAGCACAGAAGUUCUAAACAGUGGUUUAGACAUGGAGAAAUAAACUUGUAUGUGUGUGAGAGAUGAACUGUUGCAGGUGAAACAGUUUUCACCUUUUAGAGGAAGUGUUUGAGCUAAAGUGUUUUGUGGUAUAAAGCAGCUGAAAAACACAAAGUAACAAUAUAACUCUGUUCACAUCAUUUACACUUACCAUCGAAGCUAGAUAGAUCCGAGACAACAUAUAUUUAUAUAAAGCAGCUCAAUUGAUAUUUUGUAGCAGGGAAUCAAAUCAUAAUGUGAAACUAUAAAAAGAGUUGGUUGUGUGAACUAACUGAAGUGUUAUCAUCAGUGUCUGCAGUUGAAUGUGCCCAGCCACUACUGUCAAAGCUUUGGUUACUUUUUUAGGCAUUUUAUUGCAUUUAUUGACAGGACAGAUUGUAGAGUGAAAGGAUAGGAGGAGAGAGAAGAGAAGAUGCAGCAAAGGGCCUCUAGUCAGAGUUGAACCUGCGGCUGCUGCUGGGGAAACAAGGCCCAGUGGGACCUGGGCUGAGCUCUAACUGGAGCAUUUAGCAGCAAAAACACCAGAUUCUUCCCUCACAAGUUCGUGGGGACCAAAAACGGAAGGUGAAUAUUGAACGUGUUUCAUCAAGUGGUCAAAUGAAUGUUAAUGUUGCUUCCUUAUUGCCAGAGGCCAUCACAAUUUGUGUUGGCUGACACCGAUUGGCCAAAAACAGACAUGAUCUCUCAGCCUAUGUUUAGUAUUUACAUUUAUUAUUUAUUGUUCAUUAAACUGGCUUUACAGUUAUGCGAUAUUGAUUAAACACAGGUCUUUCAAGCGCUCACAUUCA